CCCCCACCUGACCAUGACCCGAAGCUACGGACCCUCCGGCCCUGCUCUGGCCCUGGUCCUGCUGGCCAUGCUGCUAGCCCGUGCAGCACAGGCCGCAGAGAUAGUGGGCGGGCAGGAAGCUGAGCCCCACUCGCGGCCCUACAUAGCAUCACUGCAGGUGGCAGGAAACCACUUCUGCGGGGGCACCUUGAUCCACCCGAGGUUUGUGCUGACCGCUGCCCACUGCCUGCAAAACAUGCCCCCCGCCCUGGUGGAGGUGGUGCUCGGGGCCCACAACCUGCAGAACACUGAGCCCAGCCAGCAGAGAUUCUCCAUCGCUCAACAGUUCAGCAACAACUAUGACCCUGAGCAGAAGCUCAACGACAUUCUCCUCCUGCAGCUGGACCGCCCGGCCAACCUCAAUGCCCAGGUUGCAGUGGCCCAGCUCCCCCAGCAGGACCAGCAGCUGCCCCACGGCACUCAGUGCCUGGCCAUGGGCUGGGGCAGGUUGGGCACCCGUGCGCCGUUGCCCCACGUCCUGCAGGAGCUCAAUGUCACCGUGGUCACCUUCCUGUGCCGCCCACAUAAUGUGUGCACCUUUGUUCCCCAUCGCAAAGCUGGCAUCUGCUUCGGGGACUCGGGCGGCCCAUUGAUCUGUGACGGCGUCCUCCAGGCUGUGGACUCCUUCUUGAUCCGGGAGUGUGCCACCCGCCAGUACCCUGACUUCUUUGCUCGCGUGUCCCUCUAUGUGGACUGGAUUCAAUCCGUGCUGAGAAGUGCGGGGUCCGAGGACAGCCCCUGAGCCUCCCCUUCCAGACCUCCCGGGGCUGAGGCCAGGCAGCAAACCUUAACGGAACAGGGAGGGUGCCAGUGUCCAGACCCACGGGGACAUCAAUAAAACUUGAAACCUCC